GCGUUAGGGGCAACCGAGGAGGGGGGGCGUCAACGCUCAGAGCUGAGGGCUCACGGCCCGCCCCCUGGCGACUCAGGCGUCCCUAACAACCAACUGCGCCAACCGCCUUGAGAGAGCAGUCUCCUGGGUCCCCGGAGCAGCUACGACACCGCCGGCCUCCAUCCUGUAUCCUGCCUGCAUUACGAAGCUUCCCGCUGCGAGGUUGCCAAGGUUCUUACCCUUGCCUCACUGCUGGCAGUCAACAUGCAGGACAACCCAACAAUGCCAUUCAACCCUUCGUCUCCCCGCCAUUCAAUCUUCAACAUCCAGCAGCAGGUCUCCGCUUUGAGUAGUUCCAGUCCAGCAACCGCGUCCUUGAAGACUAGCAUUACCCCUACCCAAGGCCAGCUGAAGACCAAGAUCCCAAAUGUCCGGCGCAUGCGCAGGAUCAUCUCCGAGGAUGCAGAGUGGUCACUGGCCAUUGUACCUCUCCUUACAGAGCUCUGCAUUCAACAUAUCGUCAAGAACUUCCAGAACAACCCUAUCCUGAAGCAGCUGCCUCUAGAGCACCAAAAGAAGGUCUUGAGCAACCUGCCCCCUGAGCUGCCUUUGACGGUGACCGCUAACUUGAUUGACGAUGAGAAUUAUUGGCACCGCUGCUGCAUCAAGCGCUGGUCCGUGUGCCAUGUGUCCAGGCACGGAGGCAGCUGGAAGCGUAUGUUCUUUGAAAGACACCUGGAGAACCUGCUGAAGCUAUUCAUCCCGGGGACCACGGACCCCAACGUGAUCCUGGACCUGCUGCCCCUCUGCAGGAACUAUGUGCGCCGCAUCCAUGUGGACCAGUUCCUCCCACCUGUGCGGAUGCCGACCCCGCCUCAGGGAGAGGAGCAGUCGGACUCUGGCAGUGAGGGCGAGGGGGGCGAGCCUGAGAAGGACCACUACCAGCUGCAGGCUCUGGUGGGUGGCCUCAAGCAGCUGGAGGAGCUGGACCUGGUGUACGGCGUCAAAGACUGCGGCAUGAAUUUUGAGUGGAACCUCUUUCUGUUCACCUACCGAGACUGCCACUCUCUGGCAGCCACCAUCAAAGCUUGCCACACCCUCAAGAUCUUCAGGCUGACCCGAAGUAAGGUGGACGAUGAUAAGGCGCGCAUCCUAAUCCGUAGCCUGCUGGACCAUCCAGCCCUGGAGGAGCUGGACUUAUCCCACAACCUCAUCGGAGACCGUGGUGCACGAGCAGUAGCCAAGCUGCUGAGCCACAGUCGCCUGAGAGUGCUCAACCUGGCCAACAAUCAACUGCGGGCAUCCGGUGCCCAGUCACUGGCUCACGCACUGGCACACAACACCAACCUGGUCUCCCUCAACCUCCGCCUCAACUGUAUCGAGGACGAGGGUGGCCAAGCAAUCGCCCAUGCCCUGGAGACCAACAAGUGCCUCACCGUGCUGCACCUCGGUGGCAAUGAGCUGUCUGAGCCCACAGCCACGCUCCUCUCCCAGGUUCUCCCAGUCAACACCACGCUCAUCAGCCUCAACCUGUCCUGCAACCACAUUGGCCAGGAUGGCGGGAAACAGCUCCUGGAGGGCAUAUCAGACAACAAGACCAUUCUAGAGUUCGACCUGCGACUGUCAGACGUAUCCCAGGAGAACGAGUACCUCAUUGGCCAGGUUCUGCAUACCAACCGAGAGGCUGCCCGCCAGCGGACCCUGAAUCCAGGCCACUUUACCUCACCUACCAGCAACUGUGCUGAGAAUUCUGUAGGCUAAGAUGUGGAACAGGGAUAGUCGGUGAUCCCAUGGGUCACCCCAGGGGCCACACCUUCAUUUCACACCCUUGAUAUGCCUGCCCCUCUUCUGAGGAAGCAAGAAGAGGGGAUCAUGAAUCUCCUUGGAGUGAGUGGCCAGAUUUGUCUAUGUGAAGAUGCUGGGAUACAGAAGGGGUGUGAGGAUGAAAUGAUGGUGAGGUAACUCCCACACCUAGAACAUGGAUGUUACUAGACCCAUAACAGGAACAGAGAAGGCAAACGACUCUAAAGAGACCAUCCCUGCUCAAACUCUUCAUGAGCCAUGAGCACAAUCUACCUCUUGACUCACCUCACCCCUUCCCCUUUCAGCUAAGCAAAUAGUUAAGCCCCGAUCUCAGUCUACACAAACACACACACACACACACACACACGCACACACACAUGUAUACACACACACACAGAGCAAAGCUAUGCCUGUCUCCCUCUGUCCCCCCAUCCUCCCUGGAGAUGCUACCUCCCUGUCAGGCCCCUGGCAUAGUCUGCUUGUACAGAUCACACCCCUACUAACCCUCAAGCCGGGAAGGGUGGGGACAGAAGGGUGGGGAACAAGUGUCACUCUGAGGGAGCAGACUGGUGAGUCAUCCACACUUUUAUUAUCCAUCAGUGUGAUUUGUACAAUCUUUGCGCUUGGAAUUCCAUGACAAGAAGGCCACAGUGUGAUGCACCCAAUUUGACAGAGACCUGUCUUCUCCCGAGCCAGGCCUAGCCCACCCCACAAGCCCUUCUCCUCAGGACAUACAGUCUCCCAGGUACCCUCUCCUUGAGUCCCUGCCAUGCUGUGACUGCCCACCCUGGGGCUACACCAUAGGAAUCACAGACUAUGGAUUCACGAGAGGAUCUGACUGACUAAUUCCAACUCUGACCUCCCAACUCUCCUUGAGCUGAGCGGCCUAGAGCCCAUCUACCUCAAAGAGUUAGGAGGGCCUGCACUCCAGGGACUCUCUGCAACAAGCAGGCACUGAGCAGAGCACCAGAGGGGGCUUGGGAGUGACUAUGUGUGUGCCUGUCCGGGCAACCUAGAGUCCUCUGUGCCUGACACCCUCUGACAGUUCCAGAGUGCAAACAUGUAGGUGUGAGGGUGUGUGUGUCUGUGUGUGUCUGUGUGUGUGUGUGUGUAGCCACAGCUGCUAGCAGAGGUUCUAAUUAGAGAAACAAGAACAUUCAGUGUAAAGUUUAAUUUUAGAGAUUAAUUAAUUUUCUGGUUUUCAUUUUCCCUGGCAAUCAAUAAAGCUACCAAGAAAAGA